AUGGCGCCCAAAGAACCCUUCAAGGUGCACUCGCUUACCAAGCACAUAGAGAACACAAAGAAGGGUAUAUCCGCCGAAGCGCAGUACAACCGCCGCCUGGGCAACCGUGCUGCAGCUGUCAAGAAAGAGUCCAACGACCCAAACCACAUCUUCGCCAACAACGAUGACGAUGAUAACGAUGAGAGCGGAAGUGGAAGCGGAAGCGAUAGUGACGACAGCAGUGAUAGUUCACCCACCACCUUCAUGGAUAAGCUUACCGGUUCUGCGAAGCCUGCUUCUGCUGCUUCCCGUCGCCGCAGCAAGGAUGAAGAGAUCGCCGAUAGCGACGACGAGCGCAACGCGUCCAAGAAGAGCAGCUCCGUAAAGAAGCCUACUCCCGCCAAGUCCAAGCCUGCAUCCUCCAGUGAAUCUAGCAGUGAAUCUGAGUCUGAAGACGAAAAGGCAAAGACCAAGGCAAAGACCAACGGCACGGCUCCUGCGAAAUCCUCUGAUACCUCUUCAAGCUCCUCUGAGGCGGAAAGCGAUAGCGAUAGCGAUGAGGAAAAUACAAAAGCACCUGCUGCUAAGGCGUCUACCGCAAAGAAAGAAGAGUCUGAGUCAAGCAGUGAUUCUUCUGACGAGAGCGAAGACGAGACUGAGGCCAAGCCUGCCGUGAAUGGCACUACCGCUACUACAUCCGAUACCUCCAGCGAAGACAGCUCAAGUGAAAGCGAGGAAGAAGAAGUUGCGAAGCCUGUUAAGAAGCCUGCUGCAAAGCCUACAGUCAAGCCUACCACCAAGACUGCCGCAAAGUCUACCGCCAAGUCAGCCGCUCGUGUGGGGGACAGCUCUUCUAGCGAGGAGGAGGAUUCUGAUGAUGAGAUGGUUGACGAAUCCAUGCACAUCGAGGACCGUGAAGAGUCAGGCGCCAUUGCCAACUUCAUUGCUCCCGACUUCGUCCUUCGUAAGGGUGAUGAUGGCACAAAGGCCCAGGACGUUGCUCAGAUCUGCAACCAGGCCAAUCUGGAGGGCAAGCAGUUCUGGUACUUUACAGUUCCUUCCAAUGUGCCCAUCUCAGUUAUCCAAAACCUCGAGAUCCCUAUGAAUCAGUCGCGAUCAAGCGACAAGUUGUUUUCUCACGAUGGAGAUGACUACGGGCUUUCCUUCGAGAGUAUUGCCCCCAAGGGUAACAUCCAGAUUGUGAUCCCUUCUUCCGACGGCUCUCAGUACCGACAGACUCCUAAGCAAAUCGACCAGGUCAUGCAGGUCAAGAAAAUCACACAACUUGGCGCCAACACUUCUGUCGGCCCUGCUCCUAAGCCUGCUCCUCGUGCUCAGCCUGCUGGCCUGAAGGCCCGCUACCAGCCCAUUGGAGUCAACGAGCCUAUGAACAACGACGAUGAGGAUGACGUUGAGAUGGGCGAGGCGCCUGCUCUAUCGGCUAAGGCUGCCAAGAAGGAGAAGAAGCGCAAGACCAAAGAAGCAUCCGAUAAGAAGCAGAAGAAGGGACAGAGUCUCCCUAAACUACCUAGCUCUGGAACAGCGGAUGCGGCAGCCCCUGACACCCGCAAGAACAAGCGAAAGCUCACUGCCUCUGAGGAAGAUGCGGUAGCUAUCGCGGAGCAACUUCAGCAGGAAGCCAAGGCAGCGAACAGGUCCAAGAAGCAGAAGACUGAGCGAGUUGGCAGCCCCGACUUGGGCUCCGAGCCCGCCUCUGCAGGCGCAAAGAAGCAGACUCCCGUAUUGCCUCCUACACUCCCUCCGGCUGGAACCCCUCUCGCGAGCCGCACGAAGCAAAAGAAGGUCAAGGAGACUCCUGUCCCCGCCCCUCGCCAGAGCGUGGUCCCUAUCCCUGCCAUCCCUCACUCGUCGCCCCUCAAGCCCUCUUCUACACCUGCCCCUUCAUCUCAGCCUCCAGCUUCACCCACUCAAGCCAAGGAGAAGCGAGUCCGAAAGAAAAAGGAGAAGGAUGGCAAGAAGACUUCUUCGGGUAAGAAGGAGACCCCCGUGCCUCCUCCUCAGCACUUUUCUUCUUCCGAAUAG